AUGAUGGAGGAGCGAGCGGCCGCCUCGGUCGCCGCCGCCGCCUCCUCCUGCCGCCCGCUGGGCUCCGGCGCGGGCCCCGGCCCGACGGGGGCAGCCCUGCCCUCUGCCCCCGCCCCGGGGCCCGGCCCGGCUGGUAAGGGAGGCGGCGGCGGAGGCAGCCCCGGGCCUACGGCGGGGCCCGAGCCCCUGAGCCUUCCCGGGAUCCUGCACUUUAUCCAGCACGAGUGGGCGCGCUUCGAAGCGGAGAAGGCCCGCUGGGAGGCCGAGCGCGCCGAGCUGCAGGCUCAGGUGGCUUUCCUCCAGGGAGAAAGGAAGGGGCAAGAGAAUCUCAAGACAGACCUGGUGCGGCGGAUCAAGAUGUUGGAAUAUGCGCUGAAGCAGGAAAGGGCCAAAUACCAUAAAUUGAAGUUUGGGACGGACCUGAACCCAGGGGAGAAGAAAUCAGAACCAGCAGAACAAGUCUCCAAUGGCCCUGUGGAGUCGGUCACCCUGGAGAACAGCCCGCUGGUGUGGAAGGAGGGGCGGCAGCUUCUCCGACAGUACCUGGAAGAGGUGGGCUACACGGACACCAUCCUGGACAUGCGGUCCAAACGCGUGCGCUCCCUCCUGGGCCGCUCGUUGGAGCUCAACGGGGCCGUGGAGCCCAGUGAAGGGGGCCCCAGGGCCACAGGAGGCCCUGGGGGGCUCAGUGGCGGUGAGUCGCUGCUGGUGAAACAGAUCGAAGAGCAGAUCAAGAGGAACGCGGCGGGCAAAGACGGCAAAGAGCGCCUGGGCGGCUCGGUGCUGGAGCAGCUCCCCUUCCUGCAGAGCUGUGAGGACGAGGACAGCGACGAGGACGACGAGCUGGACGGCGUGCAGCACAAGAAGCAGCGCGUGAAGCUGCCCCCCAAGGCCCUGGUGCCCGAGAUGGAGGAUGAGGACGAGGAGGAUGACUCUGAGGACGCCAUCAAUGAGUUCGAUUUCUUGGGCUCAGGAGAGGAGGGGGAGGGCUCCCCGGACCCUCGACGAUGCGCUGGAGAGGGGACCCACCACGACCUGGAAAGCCGGCGGGUCAAACUCCAGGGCAUUUUGGCCGACCUCCGGGAUGUGGACGGGCUGCCCCCUAAAGUGACUGGUCCCCCUCCUGGCACACCCCAGCCCCGGCCACACGAAGGUUCCUUUGGCUUCUCCUCAGACGUUUUCAUCAUGGACACUAUCGGGGGCGGGGAGGUGAGCCUGGGGGACUUGGCAGAUCUCACCGUCACCAACGACAACGACCUCAGCUGUGAUCUUUCUGACAGCAAAGAUGCCUUUAAGAAGACAUGGAACCCCAAAUUCACUCUCCGCUCACACUACGACGGUGUGCGCUCCCUGGCUUUCCACCACAGCCAGUCUGCUUUGCUCACUGCCUCUGAGGACGGCACGCUCAAGCUCUGGAACCUGCAGAAGGCUGUCACAGCCAAGAAGAAUGCUGCGCUAGAUGUGGAACCUAUCCACGCCUUCCGGGCUCACAGGGGCCCCGUGUUGGCAGUAGCCAUGGGCAGCAACAGUGAAUGCUGUUACAGUGGUGGGGCGGACGCUCGCAUCCACAGCUGGAAGAUUCCAGACCUCAACAUGGACCCCUACGAUGGUUAUGACCCGAGUGUGCUGAGCCAUGUCCUGGAGGGCCAUGGGGACGCUGUAUGGGGCCUAGCCUUCAGUCCCGCCUCCCAGCGCCUGGCCUCCUGCUCUGCCGACGGCACCAUCCGUAUCUGGGAUCCCAGCAGCAGCCCAGCCUGCCUCUGUACCUUCCUCACAGCCAGCGAUCAUGGGAUCCCCACCUCAGUGGCCUUCACCAGCACCGAGCCUGCCCACCUCGUGGCGUCCUUCCGCUCUGGCGACACCGUCUUGUAUGACCUGGAGGCUGGCAGCGCUCUCCUCUCGCUGGAAUCCCGGGGGAGCGGCGGCCCAACCCAGAUCAACCAGGUGGUGAGUCACCCGAACCAGCCCCUCACUAUCACCGCCCACGACGACAGAGGCAUCCGCUUCCUGGACAGCCGGACAGGGAAAUCUGUGCACUCCAUGGUUGCCCACCUGGACGCGGUCACCUGUCUCGCCGUGGACCCCAACGGCGUGUUCCUGAUGUCGGGAAGCCACGACUGUUCCCUGCGUCUGUGGAGCCUGGACAACAAAACGUGCGUGCAGGAGAUCACAGCCCACCGCAAGAAGCAUGAGGAGGCUAUCCACGCUGUCGCGUGCCACCCCAGCAAGGCCCUCAUUGCCAGCGCUGGCGCCGACGCCCUGGCCAAGGUCUUCGUAUGA